CGGGGACGAUGCUCCGAAACCCUGCUGGCAAUCGGCUGGCCGACGAGGGUAGUGAGGCAAAAAAGCGCGGGAGUCUUUAUCAAGACGUCUCUGCUUGGCGCGCUCUACCCGCCAAAAGCCCGAGAGCACUUGAGCUUAUCAUUUCGGAAUUGGCGCUCGACCCAAUAAGCGACUCCUCCAGCUCCUCACCCACUACCAAUCCAGUUACAAUGGUCGCAGCCUCGUCAGAACACAACAAGGCCUCGGAGCAGCCGGAGCAGGAACUGAACCCCGAGUUCGUGGAGGGAUUCGCUAAGGGAGUCAACGUCAAGGACGACAAGGAGGAGCAGCCGGAGUUGGAGAUGUCGGAGUUCAAGCGCAAGGAAUUGAACGGCGAGAUCCCGGUCGAGCCGUUCCUCGUUGAGAACCCCAACCGUUUCGUGCUGUUCCCCAUUCAGGAACACGAAGUGUGGCAGAUGUACAAGAAAGCCGAGGCCUCCUUCUGGACGGCUGAGGAGCUCGACCUUGUGCACGACCUCAAGGACUGGAGCAAGCUCACGGACAACGAGCGACACUUCAUCAAGCACGUGCUCGCCUUCUUCGCAGCCAGUGACGGUAUCGUGAACGAGAACUUGGCCAUGAACUUCAGCAACGAAGUGCAGGUGCCCGAGGCUCGUUGCUUCUAUGGCUUCCAGAUCGCCAUUGAGAACAUUCACUCGGAGGUCUACUCACUGCUCAUUGACACGUACAUCAAGGACGCGAUCGAGAAGGACCAUCUCCUGCGUGCCAUUGAGACCAUCCCUUGUGUCACGAAGAAGGCUCACUGGGCACUCAAGUGGUGCGACCCGCGUGUAUCCUCCUACCCGGAGCGCCUGCUGGCUUUCGCUGCUGUGGAAGGCAUCUUCUUCUCGGGCUCUUUCUGCUCCAUCUUUUGGCUAAAGAAGCGCGGCCUCAUGCCCGGUCUGAGCUUCUCGAACGAGCUCAUCAGUCGUGACGAGGGCAUGCACACGGACUUCGCCUGCCUUUUGUACUCCAAGCUGGUCACCAAGCUGCCGGAGAGCCGUGUACACGAGAUCAUUCGUGACGCUGUGGUGAUUGAGCACGAGUUUGUGCGUGACUCGCUCCCUGUGGAGCUGAUUGGUAUGAACUCUGCCCUCAUGUGCCAGUACAUUGAGUUCGUGGCUGACCGUCUGCUCUACUCGCUUGGUGUGUCCAAGAUCUACCACGCUAAGAACCCUUUUGACUGGAUGGACAUGAUCUCUCUCCAAGGCAAGACCAACUUUUUCGAGAAGCGUGUGGGCGAGUACUCCAAGGCCGGCGUUGGUGUCGCCGCUGAGGAGCAGGUUUUCACUCUGGAUGCGGACUUUUAAGUUCGUGUCUGGGAUGAAAGAGUGGGUAGUCGUCUUUCGCCGCCCGCAGCGCGCCAUGCAACUCAUCACGUAGCGUGGUUAAGGUCUUAAGGUCGCAGCGGCAGUGUAUAUAGCCAGCUUCGUUGCAUAUUUAAAAAAAUAUCUGAGAUUCAUUCGUCAGUCA